AUGUCAUCCCGCCAAAUACCCUGGUGCGUUGUGACGAAAGAUAUGAUGGAGAAUCAGCCCAUAGUCUCGUUGCCGCUUCCGGAACCGCAUAUCACUCUACGCAUCUCAGCCCCGAUGGAUCGACCUUCCCUAACGGUUUGUUCUGACAUGAACACGACGAUCGAUUAG